AUCCAUCGGCAUCCUUUCACCUUACACUUCCAGCGGUCAUAGCAUUUAUAAAGCUCUCUUUUUUAGUAUGAUUUUAGGAUAUCAUCUUCGCAAAGGACGUUAGCAUACAGCCCAAGUAUCAGCGACAGUUCAGAAGAUCAGUUUGGAAGUGUGUGGUUCUCUCUUUUUGGCUUGUGGGUUCCCAUGGGCAGUGUGCUGGCCUUGUCAUCCCGUUCAGGGCGUCAGAACUCCCCCUUUCCAGAAAAUAGACCCCUGUCACGUUGGGACAGGAGAGAUGGACGGCUGCCCAAACCAGGGAGUUUUGAUGGCCUGCACCGCAACUGUAAAGAUGUGUUUCCACAGCAGAUUGAAGGUGUAAAAUUGGUGAUAAACAAGACUCUCAGCAGUUUUUUCAAGGUCAGUCACACAUUUCAACUCAGUGCUAUCGCUCCUUCCAGUUAUCGCUUUCACGCUGAACACUUACAAUCAGACACUGACAGCAAAGAAACGGGCUCACCCAUGCUUAUUGGGGAAAUGGACUCCACGGGCAGCUUAAACGCUCACUCUUUGUUCCAUGUAAGUGAGCAAAUAAGAGCCAAAGCCGUAUUUCAGACUCAACAGGCACAAUUUGUCACGUGGCAGUUUGAGACCGAAUACAGAGGCAGUGAUUUCACAGCAGCAGUUACGAUGGCUAACCCAGACAUCCUGAGAGAAUCUGUUAUCAUGGUCGCACACUUUCUUCAAAGUGUUUCCCCACAGCUCGUACUGGGGGGAGAGCUGGUGUACCACCGGGGUCGAGCUGAAGAGGGGGGCAUACUUACCUUGGCAGGACAGUACUCAGGGCCAAAUUGGGUGGCAACACUAAAUGCUGGUAAAGGAGGAGCUCAUGCCAGCUACUACCACAGAGCCAACAAACAGAUUCAAGUUGGAGUGGAGUUUGAGGCCAGCACUAGGACACAGGAGUCUACGUUCUCAUUUGGUUACCAAAUGGAACUUCCACAAGCUAAAAUGGUCUUCAGAGGAAUGUUGGACAGCCGCUGUAUAAUUGGUGGUGUUCUGGAGAAGAGACUCUACCCUCUUCCUGCCACAUUGAUUAUGGGCGCCUUUGUCAAUCACAGAGCGGACAAGUUGCAGGUUGGCCUUGGGGUCAUUGUAGGAUAGAUAUAAACACCCUUUCUCAGGAGAGGCUACACUCAAGACUUUGGGAACAACAGAAAACCACCUUCACGUCUGCCCAAAGACAUUGGUUCACUAUAGACAAUGGACAAAACAGGCAAGCCAACCAAAGCCAUACUGGACAGUUAUGCCAUUCAUGACGAACAGGAGUGAAGACUUGAGCUUCCAGCUUAAAAAAGACUUUGAUGUUGGUUCCAUCCAGUCUAAUGUGGUUUGCAGUUCUAGCCAUAGAUGCUGGCCAGACCCUCUAAAUAAUCUGAGGCGUAAUGACAAGUGUGAUAAUGGAAGGAACCACAGUGACAAUGUGAAUUGUAGGGAAUUAUGGAAAGGUGAUGGUGUUGCAGAAAUCAAGAUGCUUUUACAGGGACAUAAAGACAAGACAUUCUCUUAAUCAGUUUAGGGCUAGUUAUAGAGUUGACUCUUUAAAGGAGAUUGAUUUUAGCCUUCCAUUUAGGAGGAGACAUUACAAGACUUUUAAUGAACAUUCAGUUUAGUCAUGAAUAAGUGGUGUUUUAUAAAAAUUAAUUAACUGAGUGAAUAAAAAAUAUUUUAUAUAAAGAAUGAGUUUUAAUGACAUAUCAUGUUUAGUCCUUGAAAACAAAUAAAAAUGUCCUUGAAAAGUCCUUAAAUUUAACUUGGAAGCAUCUGUAUGAACCCUGCAUUAACUGAACUGACCUCAUUCUAUGUUUCUACUGACCAUGCAGUCGGGGUCAAUUGUAACAUUUCAUUUGCUUGUCUUUAUUUAAAAGUUGCUCAUAUUUAUGUGGUAGAAAUAUGUGGUUGGUAUGAGUUGGUAUGUACAUUGCUUAUUUGGUUCCUGAGAAUUACCCAAAAGUGUGAUAAAUGUUACAACUGACAUUUAAGUCUCCAGUACAAGUUGUAGUAUUUAUAUUGUUUAAUUUCACCCGAUUACAAUUUGAAUAGGCUUGGAAAAAAUAAUGAAGAUAAUUUAUAAUGUUACACACUGCUGUGGGCCAAAUAUGAUACUGAUAGUGGAGGAAUUUUGUGUGUCCCUUGAUUUAUUGUCCACCCUGUUAUUUCAUGAUACUUUUUUUUAUUAAGCUUUGAUACUA